AUGUCGCAGUUACUGGAUAAAGCUAAGAACUUUGUGUCGGAGAAGAUCAACGACGUGGCCAAGCCUGAGGCGAGUGUCACCGACGUUGACUUCAAGCGCGUGAGCAAGGAUAGCAUCGAGUACUUGGCAAAGGUCUCUGUUGAUAAUCCUUAUUCAACUUCAAUUCCAAUAUGCGAGAUCAAGUACUCUUUCAAAAGCGCAUCCAGGGAGAUAGCAUCAGGGACAAUACCAGACCCAGGAUCCUUGAAGUCUAAGGACAAGACUAUGGUGGAUGUGCCAGUGAAGGUGCCUUAUAGCAUAUUGGUGAGCUUGGCAAGGGACAUUGGGGCUGAUUGGGACAUAGACUAUCAAUUGGAUCUAAGUCUCGUUAUUGAUCUUCCUGUCAUUGGCAACUUCACCAUUCCCCUUUCUCAUAAGGGAGAGGUCAAGCUACCAACCCUUUCUAAUACGUUCGCCUAGUCCCAGAACAGAAUAAUGUUUAGAAGGAAAUAAAUGCAUUGCACCCUCCAUCAUGUUUUCCUUUUAUGUGAAUU